AUGGGUAUAUUGAAAGUCUUGGAUAAGAUUAAUCUAUGGCUGAGCAUAUUAGCCACUUGCGCGCUUGCUUAUUUUAGAGAUGCCCAUGUAUCGUUCGCUAUCCUGGGAGCCGUAACAACUUCGAUAAUAGUUCGAAUACUAAAGCGCAUAAUCCGCCAACCGCGUCCCAAAACCGCCUUAAAGCCCAGAACUACUUAUGGCAUGCCGUCAACUCAUUCAGCCUCAACCAUGUACUUUGCAGUCUACACGUCUCUCUACCUCGCAUCAUCCGUCCCCACCUUGACAGUUUUUCGCACUCUUUUUAUUACCAUUCUACUCGGCGUGGCACUGUUUAUCGUUUGGUCCCGUGUCGAGCUAGGACAUCACACUGGCGCACAGGUGAUCGCUGGGACGAUAGCCGGGUGUGUGUGUGCAGCAGCGUGCCAUUCGCUCUGGUGGGAGUAUGGAUUGCCGUUGUCGGUUGACUUGGGAUUGAACAGGAAGUUAGAGGUGAACGACAUUGGAAUUGUCAUUGAUUACGUGUGGGAUGUGUUCACCAGGCGUGCAAGGGUGAUGUAG